AUGAAGCUCACCCUCGCUCUCCUCGUCCCCUUCUCCCUCACCGCCCUCGCGACCCCCCUCUCAAAUCCAAACCCCUUCGAAAAACGUGAUAAUUGGUGCGUCGUCGCGUCCAACGGAGUGGACUGCCGCUCCAAGCCCGGCGUCGGUGCCGGCAACCUGGUCCGCGAUAUCAAGACAUCUGAUCGCUUCGGCGUGGCGUGUACGAAGAAAGUUGGUGGAAGGACGUGGGAUUGGGUUCCGGGGUGGGGAUGCUGGGUUAGUGCAAGGGAUACGAGGACGGGUGAUGCGGCGCACAAUGAGUGUGAGAGUGGGCUGCAUGACUGCUAG